GUUCCUAAAAUUUGAAAAUAUUAUCAGCCCUAACCUUCGCCUCCCCCCAAAUCCGAGUCCGCCGCGCCUUCCCCGAGUCCGCCGCGCCCCCGAUCUACCGCGCCUUCAUCCAGCUCCCCCAGUCCAUCGCGCCCUCGGUCUGCCUCCGUCUGCCCCAAAAUCAGCGUAUAAUUCCCCACCUAACCAAACCCUAACACUCUCUUUCUCUCUUGUCCGCCACUCCACUACUCCAGUCUGUCGUGCCCUGGUCUUCUGCGCCUCCGUCUGCUUUCCCCAGGUCCGCCGUACCUCCGGUCUGCCUCCGUUCACGCCUCCUUUGUGAGCCUCCGUCCACCCUGCCAGCAAGCUCUGCCUCGCUCCACCUCGGUCGGCCUCGCUCUGACUUGCACCGCCUGCUCCUGGAAUAUUGACGCCAAAUCCUAGAUUUGUGGCCAUGGUUUCUAUUGCUUGACUUUUAAUCCCGCUAUGUCAUUUCUCUUCUCUAAUAUUGUUCUUCUAAUUUUUAUAUGUUAUAAAUUUGCAAAUUUGGGAUUAAUUCAUGGAUUUUCAUAUUUGGGAUUUGUGGUUUUCAAACCCUAGCUGUGAUGAAGAGAAGAAACGGGUCAGAAAGAUGGGUUAGGGUUUUCCAGACUCCAGUCUUCGCGCGCCUCCACGAUCUGCCGCGCCGCUUCCUUUUCAGACCGCCGUCCGUCUGUCCACUGGCAACUCAUGCACACCGCACACACACGAUAAAUGAUCACUAUGAGUUCCCUCUUCAACUUGAUCUUGAUAGAGAUGAUGGCAAAUACCUGUCACCUGAUGCUGAUAGAAGAGUACGUAACCUCUAUACACUGACCGAUGAUGAGAUUUUCUACCAUUCCAGUUGCUGAGUACAUGGAGGAAGUUUUAACAAAUCCGAAAGCCGGAUUUUACAUGAAUCGUGAUGUUUUUGGACUUUGGAGCCAAGGGGGACUUCAUUACGUCCCCGGAAGUCAGCCAGAUGUUUGGAGAGUUGAUUGGUGUUUGGGCAGUGUGCCUAUGGGAGCAAAUGGGACAGCCUGAUAGGAUCAACCUAGUCGAGCUUGGACCGGGCAGAGGAACUCUGAUGGCCGAUCUUCUGCGUGGUGUAUCCAAGUUCAAGAAUUUCACAGCUUCUUUGCAAUUACAUUUGGUUGAAUGCAGCCCAGCGCUGCACCAACUCCAGUAUCAGAACUUGAAGUGCAUGGAUGAAGAUGCUCUGGUACAAGGUGCAUUAGCACAUUAGCAGGGAAUCCCGUGUCGUGGCAUGCAAUGCUUGAGCAGGUUCCUACAGGAUGUAAGGAAUUCCUGUUUUAUGAUUCAUAAUAUUAUUUCUUUAUUAACCCAAAUGGUAGGAUGGUCAUGGAGGACAUAUAUUUUGUAUGCAGAAGCUCAGAUUAACUGGCUGGUUGGUGGAAUUCUCAAUCAUCAUUCUCCCUCGUUUCUUUAUAUAUAGGAUAGUAAUAUCUCCAGUAAUGAUCGGGCAAAUUAAUAUUUUAUGGACACAUCAUGUAAAUGGUUUUUGUUUUUGAAUUGCAUACAACAAAUAAUCCUAAAUGUCUCUCAGGUAUAAGUUUGAUGAUGAACGAGUGACAAAAGAAGAUAUGAAAAAGGCAUUAGAUGAGCUGUAUGGUGGUGAAGAAGAAGUUGACCUAACAGAAUAUUUGGAGAAACAUGAAUUUGUAUUUGAUGCUGUACUAAACGAAGAAGUGUCAAAUGAUGAGGUAUAUCAUGAAACUGUAGAGCCUAUCAUUCCCAUAAUUUUCCAACGUACGAAAGCUACUUGCUUUGCUUAUGGGCAAACAGGAAGUGGCAAAACAUAUACAAUGAAGCCACUGCCCCUUAGAGCAGUGAGAGACAUCUUGAGGCUCAUUCAUCAUACCUACAGGAACCAAGGCUUUCAGUUGUUUGUCAGCUUCUUUGAGAUAUAUGGGGGGAAACUCUUCGAUCUGCUCAGUGAUAGGAAGUAAGCUGUUUUCUGGGUUUUUUGUUGGCUUUCACCCUCCAGUGCAAUCUCAACAAGUUCUUGAGGACUUGGUGCUAGAACACAUAAUAUGAUAGAUUUUUGUUUUAGCUAUAAGAUAGUUGGUACUUUCAAUUUUGAAUCGAAAUAUGCAAUGAUCAUAUGUACUUGAUACUUGGUUCAUUCGGAUGAUAAUGUACGAAUAUUUUGGAUAAUAUAUAAUAUUGUUAUUGUUGAUUUUAUCA